AUGUCUACCCGGCUUUGCUUGCCGUGCCGGCACGCAUUCCUCAAUCUACAGCCGCCUAAAGCAAAACUCAUUGACAUUUAUUAUUCUCCAUUCCACGAGGGUCCAUGGAAAGCUUUCCAAGGCCAGUCAGAUGCGUCCCCGGAUAUUACCGCAUGUAACUUUUGUGCAUUCGCCGUUGCAUAUGCCACUUCGGACAAAGCCCUUGGCGAAUAUUCGAUUGGUUCAUUCGCUGAUUAUGAUCCCAAAUCGCCUCAACGGGAACAGGGCGAGCCUAUGUUGGCUAUUUGGGAUCGUGUUAUGUACAGCUUUGAAGACCUUUUCUCCAGAGGCCUUGGUCUCAGAAGACAAUUAGUCGAUAGUCUCAAUCAAUUUGAUAUGAGAAUCUUCGAAGCUACAGAUCUUCGCUUGAGAUGUCAUAGACCGAUUGACAAAACGUCAACAAGUACUUCUAGCCAAUCCAGUUUCAAGUGCCUGUCAACUUGGAUCCAGAAUUGUUCAGAGAAUCAUCGGUCAUGCCAAAAGCUACACACGCGAAGUGAUCAGCUCCACGAUUGGCUCCCAGCUCGACUUGUCAAGAUUAUUUUGAACGACCAAGGCACACCCGACACUAUUCGAAUCAUAGAAACCAACAGGGACGAAUUCAAAAAUCUCCAAAUCCAGUAUGCGACCUUGAGCUACUGUUGGGGUAAGAAGGCACUCACGAAACUGCUCAAAUCCAAUUUUGAUACCAUGACGACUAGCGGCAUGUCCGUACAAGACCUUCCCUUAACAUUUCGCGAUGCCAUCACUGCCACAAAUCGUCUUGGUCUCGAGUACAUCUGGAUAGAUGCUCUCUGCAUUAUUCAACUAGAUACAGAAGACUGGAAUUCACAGUCUGUCACCAUGGCAAAGGUUUACACGUAUUCCGCCAUCACUCUCGCAGCAGCAGCCUCAUCAGACGCCCACGGAGGGCUUUUUCGUGACCGACAACCCACAGGCAUUAACGGCACCCGAGUGGAUCUGAAAUGGCCUACCGCUGAUUUCGAAGGAGAAGUCCUCAUCAUGCCUACCGAUCCAUGGCUCAAGGCUGUCGCUCAAUCUCCUCUCUUGAAACGCGCGUGGGUUUUCCAAGAACGUCUCUUAUCACGCGGAACUGUCUACUUCGCCCACGAUAUGCUUUACUGGGAGUGCGGUGAGCUCUACGCUUCAGAACUUUACCCCGAAGGAGGCCCAUGGGAUCUACAGUAUAGAUACAAAGAGCAUAACGCUUCUGACAGAUUACUCCCAGGUGUACAGGCUGUAGGAGACUAUCGUUUCAAGCACAUUUACACCGACAUUCUCACGAAGGAAUUGGCACAGUAUAGAGCAGUAACAAAUGAGGAGAUGUUUCUCUACGUGUGGGCUUCUGUUGUAGCCCAGUACAGCGUUGGGAAACUUACAAAUGGAACCGACAGGCUUAUCGCUAUUGAUGGCGUCGCAGAGCAAAUGACGAGUAUUAUCCCAAGAAAGCAUUAUCUCAACGGGCUUUGGGGCCAGGAAAGCCUUCCUCAUUUCUUACUUUGGCAAAUCAGUUGGCUUGAAGAAACACCGCCCAGCACAAAGGUCGCACCGAGCUGGUCUUGGGCGUCUGUGAAUGCGCCAGUAGAAUUCUUCUUUCUAUUCCGCGCGCAGACUCAGCCCAACGUAGUCACGGAAGUUGUCAACAUUCUGAUUCCGGACCAUGCAAAGACGGACGCUCUGGGAAUUUCACCUUCUACAGCCCUGAUACUCCGCGGUCCUCUGACAGAAGUACAUUUCCGAAAGGCUUCACGUAAUUUUCUAGGGCCAUUACACUCGUGGUGGUGGUACCAGAGUCUAAGUCAACGAUGGACCACUAUCAAUCCAAUCAACCCAAAGCCAAUGCUUGUGUUUCUGGGGAAGGGCCUGAAGGCGGACCAUCCAUGUAUCAUUCUGUUGGAUCGGGAACUGCCCAAGAAGACGCAGGUCUUUGCAUUUAAGAUUGCAGAGGCUGAUAUUAAACAAGAUGGGGGAGUUAUGGUUCCGUCCGAGUGCGGGCUGUUGCUAACACUCUGUACCGACAAGGGACAAGAACGUGGAACCUUUCUCAGGGUUGGACUCUUUGAGAUUGGGAACAAGGUUGAGGGAAGAGAUUUGGAGCAACUCAGGGGUAGAAGAAAGGUUCUAUAG